ACCUGAAAUCUUCAGGGAUUGUUUCAAUUUCAGUUAUUGAUGUUGCAGCUCUGGCCCCUUAUUGCUUAGAUUUCUGCAACAUCCUUAAUUUACAACAAUGAUUAUUGUUGUUCUAAGUAAUUUUUCGUCGCUAGUUACCAUUAAUUAUUUCGUGAGGUAGAUUUCUUCUUGCAGAAAUUUCUGGGUGAAUUUGGUUUCAAUAGAAACGCAUUUGGUGGUAGCAGGAUGAAGUGGAAUGUUGCUUGUUGUCUUAUCAGAUGGAUUAUUCAAGGCUAACAUGUAUCACAGGUGAACUUCCUUCUUGUUAGAUAGGCUCUUCUUGGUUUAUUUUACACAUUUCUAUAGCAACAGAUCUGGAGGUAGUUUUUUCUGCCUUAUAAUUUGGUUUGGUGGGCCAUUUGUUGCAAGGUCAAUGAUUUUAAAUCUCAUUUCCCAUCAGGCUUUUUGAAAUGGCAAGCAAUCAUUAACAGCAUGCAUGGAUUUCCCUGCAUCCUCACCAGUCUUUUGCAAUAAAUCCCUGAAGUUGUAUCAGGUACCAGGAGUUCAUGGUUUCAUUGGUAAUUCACUGAUAAGGAUCUGAAACCACAGGGACUUUUUGAAAAUUUGGACCACCUCAUGGACAGGUUUUGAUAUUCGUUUGAGUCUUUUUAUGCCUGUCCAAUUUAUAUGCCGAAUGGUUUGAAAUGUUUCUGCAAUGUAACGACAUUUACAUUUAUUGCAAUAUCAAUUUGCUCAAUCAAUUGGACCUUCACAUGGUAUCAUAUGUUCAAUUCUUUUUAUGAUCUGUGUCUUAUUAUGAUGAAAGUUGUGAUAAAUUACAUUAGGAUCCAUUUGGAUAGAUAAAAUAUGAAAUGAGGGGGUAUUUGAUGUUGAGAUUAUAUUAGUGUUUUAUGAUUUUUCAUUUGAAGCGCAUCCAAAUUUAAUUUCAUUUUAUCCAAAUGGGCCCUUAGAAGAUUGUACUUGCAUGUUUCUUGAAAUCCUAAAGUACAUGACUGUCCACUAACAUCAUUAUUUGUGUGUAUUUCAUAUGAGUUGCUUGUGGGAAUAGGCUUUCUGCAUGACUUGAGAGUUGAGACAAAAGUGUUACAUGUGGAUUUCAUACUGAAAAACUGUCUGCGAACUGUUUGAAGUCCUGUAUUGUCCUAAAUCUUUGUGUGUCAUGGCAGUCUGAAUUUCAUAUUGGUCUAAUGUAAGAUUUUAGUUGCCUCAAGCUGCUACUUUGUGCAUGAAACUUAUGACAAUGGAAUUGCCAGCUUUGGUGGCUCCUUAUUCCUCCUCAUGCUUGCUCCACCAUCUGUUCCCUCAUCUUCACUCUCUUUGUACCUUCGAAGGAAAAUUGAGAAUGAUAUACUCGAUAAAGAAUCUGAUUUGUUUUGAUUUUCCUUACUGUUUUAGAGAUGAAACAGAGUUGGAGCAUGGGAUAUGUGAAAAGCUGUAACAUUUCCUCUUGCAGCUUUUCUUUUUCUUUUCUUCUUCUUUGAAAAGAUUUCCUCUCAGGGCUUCACAUUCUAUUACCAUCUCACAAGUUACAAAAUUUCAAUGCUUUAGCCAAUAAACUUUAUGCUAAUAUGGAGUUGAUGGAUGGAUUAUUUUUGUACCAUGAUAAUACAAUUGUUUGUAUAUUUAACAAAACACACAGAAUUUAGCAAUUGAAUGAAUAGCUCAGUGGUGAGUGGCCGGUGGCUGGUUCCUGCUGUUGAGAUAUAGCAGGAUCAUUCCCCUUAAAAUGUUUCAAACUGUAUAUAAAUAUAUUAUUUCCCCUGUACAGGAGGUGUAUGUCUAUUUAAAAGUACUUUAAUAUUAUCACUACAAUUUAUUGGUGAAAAAAAAUUUUUUUUUUUGUGAGAAAUUUACCAAAAAUAAAAAAAGUAAUUAAAAUUUGAAAGAAGAAAAAUACUUUUCUGCUGUGCUGAAGCGUGGGAGAAGGACCCUAAAGUCAAAUUCAAGAGUAGUUUCACUCGCAAGAUUCAACUCUAGUCUUAUCACAAGAAGCGAUAAAAAAAAGAAACGAUGAAAAAAAAAAAAAAAAGAAACUCACGUUCUUCUCUCCUUUGUCAAAAAGUGGACCAAACCCUCUCCUCCUCCAAAACUCGAUUCCCACGGGGCCCCCCUAUAACCCCACUUCCAUGGCUCCACGUCCUGAAUACGCAAUUGACCCAAUUAUUAAGGACUCUUCCUCUUUCUCGCUCUUUAAUACCACCUAAGCACUUCAAAAUCCAUCAUCCAAACUAAAAAAUUUGCAUGUAUAUUUAUGAACCACCAAAUCAAAUACCUCUCUUCAAGAACGCAUCAAAACCCAAAACCCGUUUACCAGUUCCCACCAAUUUAGCUGAAACAGAUCCAGAACCCAUCUAAAAAGAAAGGGAAGUUAAACAUACAUCAUGUCUGCUUAUGGGGUCACCCUUCCUCUCAUGCUGCUCUUCCUGCUUUUGGCUAAUAUCAUCAGUCACAGUGAAGCAAGUACAAGUGUAGCCCAAGCAAAUGGGUCUGCAACUACCAAUGAUAUGGUGCCAUUUAUGGAGCCUGAGAAGGUGGUGGAGAUGAGACUGAUGGUGAAUGAGAGCAGGAGGAGGUUGGGUAGCUUCCAGAUAUGUGCUCUUUGCACUUGCUGUGGCGGUGCUAAGGGGCUUUGCUUGCCUUCUCCUUGUUGCUAUGCCAUCAAUUGCAACAUUCCCAACAGGCCCUUUGGUUUCUGUUCUUUCACUCCCAAGACCUGUAAUUGUUUUGGAUGCCAUAUCUAAAUCUUUAUAUCUUGCAUUAAUUUUUUUCUGGGGUCAUCUUCUUGAUCCUGUUGAGAGUGUGAAUGGGAAGAAGAAUAUCUGUACUUCAUUUGUUUGUUUAUAAUUUUAUUAUUAUUUAUAAGAAUACUAUUAGUGUUGAGAGUUGCUAUUUCCAGAGGGAAUUGUGUAUAGAUUUUACGGAAGUAGCGGUGCUUUAAGAUAGUAGCAGAGCUAGGAUUAGCGUAAUAUGAUAUUUGGGGAAACAUUGUUCUUUGUUUAUUAAACUACUGUUGUUUGUGAUAAUUUAAUUAGUUGUUUCAAGAAUAUAUUAAUACUAGUGCUCAAUUGGGCUUGUUUGUUUA